GUCCCCGUCGCGUAGCGCUGGGACCCCUGUCCACCCGCCCAGCGCGUGCAGCGUGCUCACCUCGCUCACAGACCUCAAGGACGAGGCCAAUGCUCUGUGCGCCGCUUGUUCCCAUCGCCUCUUCACUCUCUCUUUCAUCCUUCCCACUUUCCAGCAACUGCUUUCAUCUUAAGACUCUUCACAGUCUCUUUACGCCUUCGCGACUCUAUCAUCGACAGUCCAAAGUCCAACACACUUUUGACUCGUCAACGACACCGACACACUCCUUAGAUCAAUCCAUCCACAUCUUUCGCUCUUCGCGUGUCCACGCCGCCACCUCAUUUCAACCCUUCCCCCGACGAGCCCAGUCACAAUGGCCUCUGUUAUCCUUCUCUCCCUCCUCUCCGGCGCUGCCGCGCAGGCUGUCGCUCCCGCCGUCACCGGCAACAUUCGGUCGGACAUCCCUGCCCAGCCUCUGCACACCGUCGACGGAUACCAGAUCCCGCCUCUCGCAGAGAUCACCCAGAAUGCCCCGUCGUCAAAGACUGUCGCCUUGUUCUCGACCGGCCUCCCUGGUGCGACGCCCACUGUCGAGCGUGCGCCUGUGAUUCCCACCACCCCAUCCUCUCUCAACUACCCCGAGCUUGACAAGAUUCCCCCCACCAACUCGCCCCAGGUUCAGAGGUGGAUCUCGGAGAUUGACUGGACCCUCGUCCCAAACCUCACCGUCACCGAUGGCACCUGCGCGGGCUCGCCCGAGGCCGCCAACGACGCCAGCCGCUGCUGGUGGACUUGCGGUGGCUGCACUCGUGAGACCGACAUUGCCGAGUGCCCAGACCAGUACACCUGGGGUCUGUCGUUUGACGAUGGACCUUCGCCAUACACUCCGCUCCUUCUCGACUACCUCGACGAGAAGGACAUCAAGUCGACCUUCUUCCUCGUCGGCUCGCGCGUCGUCUCGUACCCUUCCAUGGUCGUCACCGAGUACCUUGCCGGCCACCAGCUUUCCAUUCACACCUGGUCGCACCCCUCGCUCACCAAGCUUACCAACGAGGAGAUCGUUGCUGAGCUCGGGUGGACCAAGCAGGCCAUUCACGAUGUCGUCGGUGUGACCCCCAACACCUUCCGCCCGCCUUACGGUGACAUGGACGACCGUGUUCGUGCCAUUGCCGCGCAGAUGGGUCUCACUCCUGUUAUGUGGACCCGCCACAACGGCCAGACUCUUGACACAACCGACUGGAACAUUCCCGGCGGCCAGGCCAACGGUCAGACUGCCGUCUCGCGCUUCCAGGACAUCCUCGACACCGUGCCCGAGCUUGACACCGGCUUCAUCGUCCUCCAGCACGACCUGUACCAGCAGACUGUCGACCUCGCCGUCGGAUACUUCCUCCCCAUGGCCGUUGAGUCGGGCAAGUACGCCAUGAAGUCUAUUAUCGAGUGUCUCGGCCUCCCCGCCGCCGAGGCUUACAUUGAGACUUCGGCCAAUGUCACUGAGACCCAGAUCCCUGGCACGGGCACCGUCUUCCAGCCCAAGGUCGGCACCCAGACUGCUGCCGCUCCCCAGAUCACCACCGGCAAGGGCUCCGCCGCCGUUGGCUCGCAGUCCGGCUCGUCGACCAACGCCUCGGCCAGGCCUUCGGCCUCAGCCACCUCGGGCGCCAUCAAGUCGUACGCCCCCAUUGCCGUCGCCCUCGGCGCCGUCUUCGCGGCCAUUGCUUUCUCUGCGUAAAGCCUCGGGCUUGUUGCAAUUCUGGGCUUUAAGGUUACCCAUAAAUAUCCCUGUAACUGGCGGCGGGCCAUCGCUGUCCGGCUUGCGACAAGGGGCAUAUCGUAGCUCUUCAUGUUCUUCACGGACACUUCUGCGCAGCGCGUUGCGCACGUGCAUUGUAUGUCAUCACAGUCCUAC